CGUUUUUGUCACUCAAUAGUACUGUAGUUCUAAGCGGCGGUGAAAGCAGUCAUUAGUUACUCUUAAAUCUCUUACAUAACAACAACACAUAUCGUAUAUACAGUAUAAGAAGUUAUUCACAUUUUCUGCGAAAAAAGUUUUCUCUCUCUCUCGCUGUGAACCGAAAAUAUCUCCUCAAAUGAGACACAAAUAAUAACUCCUGCGCUAAAAAAUAAUAACAUUUUUGUCGAUUGGAUUGUAUUUAGCAGUGUAUGUGUGUUUAGGAAACAAUGACGACAUUCAACACCAAAAACCAAGCGAAGCGCAAAUACUAUUAUAUGGCGUGUAUUUUAGUCAUACUAUUGAUUGUCGUGAGUCUCGCUUUCAACAGUUUCCGUAAAUCAGAUAAUUGUGACCCAAAUAUCAGCGAAGUUCAUAAAAAGCCGAUCAGCGAAGCCAAUAGCGAUGCCAAUAAGCAACGGGUGCGCGAGUAUGUGACUAUUGAUACGGACUCGGGGCAGGUGACCGGCCAAAAGCUAAAGUUUAAUAACAUCACUGUCCACACGUUUCUGGGCAUUCCCUACGCCCAGCCACCGGUCGGUGCGCUCAGGUUUGAGAGGACGGCACCCGUAGGCAAAUGGCAAGGAGUGCGAGAGGCUCUCCAGCAACCGGCCUCUUGUCUUCAGUCAGAUUCGCCGCUCGUUUUAUCCGCCUUUCGGUUCCUUAACUCCACAUCCAGUGAGGACUGUCUGUAUCUGAACGUCUGGGCGCCCCUACAGGAGGAGUCAUUCCUGCCGGUCAUAGUCUAUAUACACGGCGGGGCUUUCGCUUACGGAGGGGUCGCCACCGAAGAGCUCGACGGACUGGCACUCGCCGCUCAACAGGACGUGGUUGUGGUCACCAUUCAGUAUCGUUUGGGUAUCUUUGGGUUUAUGGGCUUCGAGUCAAAAGAGCCGAAAGGAAAUAUGGGUUUAUAUGACCAGAGAGAGGCCCUCAAGUGGAUCCACACCAACAUCAAUAAGUUCGGUGGCGAUCAGGACCUCAUCACUGUUGUCGGUCACGGCGCCGGUGCUGUCUCUGCCGGUCUCCAUAUGAUGACAUCCGACAGCAAGUUCUUCUUCCAGCGAACUAUUCUCCAGGGAUUUGGUCUACUCUUCAAUAAAGAGCUUUACUCUCAGACCACGAAAUACUCGCAAAAGUUUGCCGAAGAGAUAGGCUGCGGGGAUGCGCCCAAAAUCAAAGAGUGCAUGAAAUCCAUAAACACCGAUAGACUUCUUGAGGUGCAGCAGGAGAUACUCGAAGACAAUUCGGUGGCAUUCGGGCCGCGAAUUCCCGGCGAUUUUGUCGACAAAUAUCCGUCGGAGGCGAGGGAGGCGUUUGACUUCCAAAUUGAUUUCAUGUUUGGCGUCAACUCGGAGGACGACUCGUUGUUUUUGACGACUUUUAAGAACUCCGAGAGCGAGAAGAGUGAGUCCGAGUCACGGGAGGAAAGCGGGGACUCAGAGACUGAUGGCGGCGACAGUGAGGACAAGGAAGAGGUGGAGUCGAGGGAAGACAAUGAGGACACGACUCCCGUGGAGAGGCCGACAAUGAGACCGUUGCUGACGGCUAUCACAUCGGCCGCCACCACAACCACAACCCCUGAACCAAAGACGAUGACAACGACUCCAUCGGAGACAACAAUGGCAUCGAAGUCAACAACAACCACCACAAAAACUACUACUACAGCAGCGCCGACCACUACCACAACCACCACUCCAACCACAACACCAAAAUCGACCACAACUUCGACUACCGAAGCGUCGGAUUCAUCAGAAAAAGAAGAAGAAACGGACGAAACCGAAAAGGAAGAGAAAGAGGAGGACCCGGAGGCAGAGACGGAGGCUGAGGGCGGCGAUGAUGAGGCCAACGACGACGCGGAGGAGAAGCGAAAGCGACGGAAGAAGAGAGAGACCGACGAAUACACGGAACGACUGGUGUGUCCGCUCCUCAAGUUCGCCAAUACGAUGGUGGAGUCCAACCGAUCCGUAUAUAUCUACGAGUUGAUGGAGUUCUCCUCACAUCACGACGAGAUUGUCUUCGCCAUGGGUUACCCACUGAAACACAAGAACCUCUACGACAACGACGAACUCAAAUUCAGUCGACGGGUGAUGAAAAAUUGGGCCCAAUUUGCCACAAAUGGGGAUAUAUCGGAAAGCGAUGAGCAGUGGAAGGCCUACACGAAAGAGAAUCCAAUGUUCCUAAAGAUGUCGAUAUCUGCCGUCAGUUUAGAGAAAUUUAAUUUAAACAAUUGCUUCCCAACUGUGAAUCCGAUGUGAUUUAGACGAUAACAAUAAGACAUAUAAUAAUAAUAAUAAAAUCACAAAUUAUUUGCUCAAUAAUUUACACGAAAAGGAAGUGUUAUUUGCCGUAAUAACAGACUUUCCCACUGUACUUGUAUAGUAUUAUAUAAAUUAAUAUUUUAAUAUUGUAUAAAACGAAGUAUCAAACACACAAUUGUAAAAAAAAACUUUUUUCAAUACAAAUUCAGACACCGCUUAAUAUUAAGUCAACGAAUAAAUUAUUAAUAUUUCGAAACGUCGGAUAAAUUUGAAUAAAUUACAAUAUAUAUGAUAUUUUCU